AUGCUCAAAUCAAUACUUCGGGGAGCUCUAGUAGCUACAAAGCCGGGUCCAGCCAGGCGCCAGUUCUCAUUCACAGCACUUCUGCGGAGCGAGACCCAGCCCAAAGAGAUAAUUAAUCUGGAACGGGUUCAAGUUAGAAAGAUGAAGAAGAGACGCCCAGUUGCUUCAUCGGUUGUUCCAAAAUCCCUACGAGAACCUUCAGUCGUCGCCAUGGCACUUUCAGAAUCACUGAACCUCAAUGAGGUCAUCAUGGAUGCACAGCUCAAUGGAAUGUAUAAUAUAACUGCAAUCGACGAGGACGCGGAUGACAGCUUGCACUUUGUCAAAAAACUGGAAUAUACCAUCAAUCCAGGCGAACUCAGUGAAAUUUUCGUGUUUCGAGAUGGAGUUGUCGUUUUUUGGAACGUUGAUUCUAGUCAGCGAUCGCAUAUUCUACGGGAGCUCGAACGAUACGCAGAUGCUCCAUAUGACUCGAUGAUUGUGAUGGAUGAGCAGGAUAGAAUGUUCUAUAAAUUUUCAGAGCAGUCUACAGGAUCCACCAUUCGUCAAGAUCGUUUCUACCUCUCGGGAAAACAUUUGGACGCCUUCCACGGCUCGAACGAAGCAAUUUUAGAGCGAUUUGCACUCAGUCAGGGAUUCGCUGCUUCCGUGAAAAUCGGAGUCUGGGAAAGUCUUCUAAACAAUCUUGCGGAGCCACUCUCCAACACUACAAAAUCGCUAACUCUGGGAAAGAUUCCGUGGAGCCGGAAGCAGGCUCUCAUGAGAUCCGGAGAAUUCGCAGCUCUUCGACACUCGAUUAAUCUUGAUUGUACCCUGUUGAAUAAGGAUUUCUAUUGGGAACGACCUGAAUUGGAGAAAUAUUAUACGAUGACGGGACGCCAUUUCUCACUAGACAGACGGAUAGGUCUCCUCAACAAGCGGCUCGACUACUGUGAGGAGCUCGUGAAGAUGGUCGACAACACGAUCGCCCUUCGCCACGCAUCCCAUCUGGAGUGGAUGAUCAUCGUGCUCAUCGUCAUCGAGGUCAUCUUCGACGUCUUCCAUUUUGCAGACAAAACGCCGAAAAGUGUGAUGAUUGUGCCGGAUUCUUCGAAAGCUCAGCAGCUCAGGAAUGAAGGAAACUAGCUUAAUCUAGAUUAAUUUUAAAUUCGAUUUUUUAGAUUUUUUGCCCAGAUAUAUAUGCAAUUUAGUGUUCAUUUUCCCCCCUGUUUCCCAUGGAAAUCUCCAUUUUCUACGUGUAAUUCAUUUCACAACAAUUUCAUUUCAUACCCAGUUCCAUAAAAAUUCCUAGUGACUUUU